CCUUCCGCCUCUCCAGCCCGCCUCUCCGUGCCCCAGCAUGCCCUGUGCAAGCACAGGUUGCUGGUCUGCCGGAAGGAUGGCGGCUUCUUCGAGUGGUGAAAAGGAGAAGGAACGGCUGGGAGGCAGCUCGGCAUCGGCAGGCAGUAACAGUACGCGGGAGCGUCUGUUGUCUGCGCUUGAAGAUCUGGAGGUCUUGUCGAGGGAACUGAUAGAAAUGCUGGCAAUUUCAAGAAACCAAAAGUUGUCACAGGCUGGGGAGGAAAACCAGGUCCUUGAGUUGUUAAUUCACCGAGAUGGGGAAUUUCAGGAACUAAUGAAAUUGGCACUUAAUCAGGGAAAAAUCCAUCAUGAAAUGCAAGUUUUAGAAAAAGAAGUAGAGAAGAGAGACAGUGAUAUUCAGCAACUACAGAAACAGCUAAAGGAAGCAGAACAAAUACUGGCAACAGCUGUUUACCAAGCAAAAGAGAAACUCAAGUCAAUAGAAAAAGCAAGAAAAGGUGCUAUCUCCUCUGAAGAAAUAAUUAAGUAUGCACAUAGGAUUAGUGCAAGUAAUGCUGUGUGUGCCCCACUGACCUGGGUUCCAGGAGACCCACGAAGACCGUACCCAACUGAUUUAGAGAUGAGAAGUGGGUUGCUGGGUCAGAUGAACAAUCCUUCCACGAAUGGUGUGAAUGGUCAUUUACCAGGGGAUGCCCUUGCAGCCGGUAGACUACCAGAUGUCCUUGCUCCACAGUAUCCAUGGCAGUCAAAUGAUAUGUCAAUGAAUAUGUUACCACCAAACCACAGUAAUGACUUUUUGUUGGAACCUCCUGGGCAUAAUAAAGAAAAUGAAGAUGAUGUAGAGGUUAUGUCAACGGAUUCCUCAAGCAGUAGUAGUGACUCUGAUUAAAAAACAUGUGAGACAGCCUACAAAACUGAAGACCAUAGAAUUCUGUUUCUUACACAGUAGCAAGGAGGCGUAAACUGCAAAGGCAUAAGGAGUAGCCACAUAAAUAUUAGCUGUGAUGGAAUUGUGCAGCCCCAAACCAUGGUGUGUGUUUUGUUUUUUUAAAUCCACCAGGCAAAUGUUUGGGGAUUAGUCAAAAUUUAUUCAGUAGUUCAGUGCUUUUCUGCUCUGUUCUGUUCCUGCUGUGAUAUAUUUGUGCAUAGUUAUGAAAACAAGAUUUGAAGGAAAUGACCCCUGCACAUAUCAUUAAUAGGGUUCCAGGAAUUAUUUUUUUUAAACAUUUUUUAAGACAGGGCAGUGGAUUACUGAAUAUGUGUCAUAUUUCAGAAUAAAAACUCUCAUUUGAAAGUGAA